UCGACGCUUGCGCGAAUCCAGUCAGUUCUUGAAUAUCUAAAGGUCGCGAGUACGUUCAACAAUAGAACAUUCAAGGGGGCCCUUCAGAGCCUCCGCAAUGGGCAGAGCGCUGGCAAUGGACCAGGCUUACGGUGACAUACGUUGUAUUGAGCCGUGAUGCCACAUAAAUUACCUGCUAUUUGAACAACAAGAACACAUACACGCAGUAUUCCAAUGCCAAACGUGAUAGUGCGCAAUUAAGCAGAUGGUUUAUCAGUUGAAUUUGUAAAUCGAUGUGGUAAUAAUUUGGUUCUAUUUUCCUUGUAAAAUCCAUAAAAGAUGUGAUAUAAAGAGGCACAGAAAGUGAUUUACGGGAGAAUUCAACAUUGACUUUUGGAGCAUUCGCAGAGGCUCAGAAAGUUACUUAUAAUUACGGCUAAACUUAUGGCGACCAUGAUUUAAACACUUUGGAGGCUGAAAAUGGGCGCGGCCAUGCCAAUGGGUGAUUGCUGAAGUUCGAAAGGUCCGGGAAUGGUGAGCGUGUUGGUUAUUGGAUGUCUGGCCACGCUUGGUGCCAUUAUAACGGUCCUCCUUCUUUUCGCUGGUGGUUAUCUUUGGUGGCGCCAUAAGCGCUCGCAAUUGCAUUUCAUCGAACCGAAUGACGAUGAAGAGAUCGCCAGUGAAAUUGUACGGCUACAACAGCCGGUAACGGUGUCUGUCGACAGCGCUGUAGAAAAUCCACCACAGCAGAGCAUAUCACCGCCUCCGGUCAAUAACAUCAAUCGUAAGCUGAAUGGUUUUUUAAACAUUAAGUCGCCGCUGAUUGGAUCCAGUAGCGUACCACCCAAGCCUGAUGGAAACGUGGCCACCGUGAGUGGUCAAACGAGCGACAAUCGUAGCAUAUCGAUGAUUGAUAUGUACAUUGACAAUACGGAGCCCAUCGAGAACGUGGGUCUAAUACACUUCUCAUUAGAGUAUGACUUCCAGAACUCCACGCUCAUCCUCAGGAUAAUUCAGGGUAAAGAGCUACCAGCCAAAGACCUCAGUGGAACGUCUGAUCCAUACGUACGUGUAACACUGCUACCGGAUAAAAAACAUCGCCUCGAAACAAAGAUAAAAAGACGCACUCUAAAUCCGCGUUGGAACGAGACGUUCUACUUUGAGGGAUUCCCUAUCCAAAAGCUACAAUCUAGAGUACUGCACUUGCAUGUAUUUGACUAUGAUAGAUUCUCGCGUGACGAUUCCAUCGGGGAAGUAUUUCUGCCUCUUUGUCAGGUAGAUUUCACUGGUAAGCCGGCCUUUUGGAAAGCACUAAAACCACCAGCUAAAGACAAAUGUGGUGAGCUUUUGGCCUCUCUCUGCUAUCAACCAUCGAGCUCCAUUUUGACGCUAUCGCUGAUUAAAGCACGCAAUCUUAAGGCAAAAGACAUAAACGGAAAGUCAGAUCCAUACGUUAAGGUCUGGCUACAGUUCGGGGAAAAACGCGUGGACAAAAGAAAAACACCCAUCUUUAAAUGUACUCUGAACCCUAUCUUCAAUGAGGCAUUCAGCUUUAGCGUUCCAUGGGAGAAAAUCCGUGAGUGCUCUCUCGAUAUCAUGGUAAUGGAUUUCGACAAUAUUGGACGAAAUGAAUUAAUUGGACGCAUUCUCUUAGCAGGGAAAAACGGUUCCGGAGCAUCAGAGACAAAGCAUUGGCAAGACAUGAUUUCGAAGCCACGUCAGACAAUCGUUCAAUGGCACCGACUGAAACCAGAAUAGAUGGUGAUGGACUCGAGGCUGCUUAGCGUAGUUGGGUAGUCCUUUCUUCUCUCUACAUUCAACUGUCGAGCUGCUAAGCUCACGUUUGUUAUUUAGCGACGAUAUAAACGAGAGAUACAAAAAUUAAAUAAAAUUAUCUGACAAUUUUAUGGCUGAUUGUAUCACGGUUUAUUGUCCUGCCCGCCCACUAAACAACAAUCAAGUACAUUGUUACUGGACAAAAUAUAUGUGUAAUAGUUUGUAAAUGGUAUUUAAAUGAAACAAAGACAAAAAGGAAAUAUAAUAAUUAUUAUAAAAGUAAUAAUGCUAGAGUAUAUGAGGCACAAAAGUGUCACCUUAUUCGUGUUGGCAUUUGCAACGUAUUCUAAUCACUAUAUGUUUACAAAAAAGAAAAAUAUUAUGAUUGAAUGUGUGAAACCAUGAGUUUGUUUGUAUUUUAUUGUUCUAAAUAUGUUAUCUGGACAGAGGAUUCAAUAAAUUUUUACAGCCUGUAUGGUGUCUCAGAACCACUAAAU